AUGGGCGGCGUCGCCUUUGGCGUGUCGGCCUCGUUCGGCCUCUUCCUGAAGCCCAUCACGGACGCCGAGAACCUCAAGCGCCAGGUCAUCGGCCUCGCCGUGGGGCUCAACAUGCUCGUGCAGGGCUUCUCGAGCAUCGGCUGGGGCGCGCUCACGGACACCUACGGCGCCGCGCCGGUCAUGGCCUGCGGCGCGGCCCUGGAAGUCGCGUCGCUCGUCGCGACGUCCUACUCCGAGGACGGCUGGCAGUUCUACCUCGCCGUGCCCGUCGAGGGCCUCGCGACGGGCGCGCUGUCCUUCAGCGUCGUGCUCGGCGCCGUGGGCAAGCUCGUCGCGCCGGAGCGCCGGAGCCGGAGUCUGGGCAUGGCGUCGUCGACGAUCGCGAUCGGCAACGUCGUCGUGCCGCCGAUCACCUACGCGCUGCUGGCGUCGCGGUCCUGGAGCGCCGCGAUGCGCCUCGUCGCCGGCGGCUGCGUGGUCAUGUUCCCCUUGUGCCUGUGCUUCGCGGCGGCGGCGCGGACGCUCCGCCGGGGCCGCGCGGACUACGCCGCGGCCGCCAAGGCCGGCGACGAGGUCGCGAACCCGCUGCGGCCCGCGCCGGCGCGGAGCCUCGGCGAGACCGUGCGGACGGCCGCGGCGACGCGGUCCUACCGUUUGGUGUUCGCGGGAUUUUUCGUCUGCGGCUUCCACGUCUUCUUCGUGCGCACGCACUUUCCGGCCUACCUCUCGGACCGCGGCCUGCCCGAGUGGGUCGGCGCCGCGUCGCUGUCGCUCAUCGGCCUCGGCAACGUCUGCGGCACGUUCGUCGCGGGCAUGCUCGCGCAGCGCUACGAGAAGCGGAAGCCCCGGAUUCUAGCGUGCAUCUACGCGGCGCGGUCGCUCGUCUUCGCCGCCAUCGCGCUCAACGAUCGGCCCAGCGUCGCCUUCGCGCUCGCCAUCUCCUGCGUCAUCGGGCUGCUGUGGCUCUCGACGGUGCCCGUGACGAACGCCAUCGUCGGCGACCUCGCGGGGCCCCGCUACGUGUCGACCCUCUUCGCCAUCAUCUUCGCGAACCACCAGGUCGGCAGCUUCUUCGGCGCCUGGCUCGGCGGCAAGGUCUUCGACGCGCACGGCUCCUACGCGCCGAUGUGGUGGCUCUGCGUCGGCGCCGGCCUCCUCGCCGCGGCCGACCACCUGCCCAUCGAGGCGACCCGCAUCUUCGACGACGCGGCCCCGGCGGCCGUCGCCGCGCGCGCGGCGGACGACACCGCGCUCUAA